AUGGUCGCAGCACGCAGGCAGCGACAAGCGCAGAAGUUGCAGGAGCAGCAGAUCUCCAAGGCGCUCACCGACUCCAAGCCAGCUAGCAAUCAUGUUUCCUUCGAUGACGACGAGGACGAUGACGCCGACGCCGUUCGCAGCGCUCCAUCUACUUCAGAUCCUAAACUUGGCGAGCAGACAAACGCAGGUCCCGAUGAUGACAGCGAGGAUGACGACGCUCCCAUCGAAGUCGUGAGCAAUAAGACAUCACGCAAGCAGGCUUCGCAAGACUCGGCUAGGCUCCGAGCACAAGAGAAGGCCGAAAAGGCGAAGCGUCGAGCAGCAGGGAGGAAGAAGGUCGAGAAGCAGAAUCAGAAAGAAGCAGCUCAGGACACCUCGGAGGGGCUGACGGGGGCGAAGGAUGAGGAAGACCUUGCUCAAAGCAGCAGCGAAGCAAGAGAUGCGGAUAGCGACGCCGAAGCUGGCCCGUCCAAUCGACUUGACCCUUCGCUCUUUGCCGAGGUCUUCUCCAGACCCGUUUCGACACCGCGAUCCAUCUUGAAGAAGCGCUCGGCCGAUCAAGAAGCUGAUGAGGUAGCCAGGCUCCAAAAGGAGCGCAGACUGAAGCGCAAGAAGCAGAGGGCAGGCGGUGUGGUCCAGGGUCGGGAUGGAAUGCCAAUGAAGAUGACCUCCGAAGGAACCAUCCUCCGUGCACUCAACACCUCGAGCAACCACAAGACGAGCUUUGAUGAGCCACAAGACACGCAGAUCGAGGAGCCACUUGACGAGAUGAAGAAAGCCACACCACUCGAUCCGUCUAUUUCGUUGCCGAACGCCAAGGCGAGAGCAUUCAAGAAGCGAACCUUGUCCAAGAAGGGAGCCUCGAAAGGAUCUGCUUCCACCAAAGGCUCCAACGCCAAGCCUCAAAAGAACGAGGACGACCCUCUGGGACUCAACGACCCCGCUUUCAUGCCUGGGGGCGAAUUCUACCACCUGAUGAACAAGAGCGCAAAAUCCAAAAGCGAAAAGUCGGGUCGUCAGCAAGAGGCAGCUUCGGCACGUCUUGCCUUCCGCGGCGGAGGCGUGCGCAAAGAUGCUGUCUCUGUGCUGCGCGCACGAAGCCGCGGCGCACCUUCAGUGGGCUUCGCUCGAAGUCAGCAAGAUUCAGACGAUGAUUAUUGA